AUGGCUGAAGUUGCAAGUGCAAAGAGAGGCCAUGAAGGAACAGUCGAUGGUGUCAAUGCCAAGAGACAAAGAGUGGAUGCAGAAAGUUUGGAAGAGUCUGUUGGUGGAGUGACUGAAGUUGAUGUUGGAAUAACUGAGUUUUUAUGCCAUUCACAAUCCAACGUUAGGAUCAGAGGUACUUUGAAGCAGAGAUACACCGAUUUCAUGGUGAAUGAGAUCGGGACCGAUGGUAGGGUAAUCCAUUUGACAGACCUUGGGUUUAAGGCCAAGGAGCUGACUGCAGAAGAAAAGGAGAUCAUUGCCGAACAAGAGCGGGAGGCAAGAGAAAGGGAGGCCAAUCUUAGUAUAUCCGAUGAGGAUAAAGGGAAGCUGAGGGAAUAUUUUGACGAUUCACAAAUUGAAGAAAUUUCGAGUUUGAUGAGAGAUGGCAAGAAGACUGUUGAAAUAAACAAGGUUUUCGAUGAUAAGGAGAUAAGAACCAAGAUCCAUCAGCUAAUCAGAGAAAUUUCCUCGAAUCGGAUUGAAUCUGUGACCACAUCUACGAACUCGUUUAUUUUCGGUCACAAUGCCAACAAGUCACGUAGGAGGAAGAACAACAAAGUUGCAACAAACAUUGACCACGACUUAGGUGAGCGUAAGAAUUUCUUACAUUUCAACCUCUACAAGGAAAACAAGGAAACCAUGGAAGUGGCGAGUAUUUUGUCCAAGUUUUUGAAGGCCCAAGUGAAGGCGGUCAAGUACGCCGGUACCAAGGACAGGAGAGGUUGCACUGUCCAAAGGAUGUCACUUGAAAGGUUUACUGUUGAAAGAGUGACCACUUUAAAUAAGGCAUUAAAAGGCUGUAAAUUAGGAAGCUUUGAGUAUAAGGACCAACCAAUCAAAUUAGGCGAUCUAAAGGGUAAUGAGUUUAUCAUUACGAUUAAGGAUGUUGAGAGUGUGGAUCCCAACGUUAGUAUUGAAGACGCCAUUGUUCCAAUUUUAAACUCAUUAAGAGAUGUUGGUUUUAUAAACUAUUAUGGUAUGCAAAGAUUUGGUACUUUUUCCAUUUCAACGCAUGAAAUCGGCAAAGAAAUUUUGAAUUCCAAUUGGGGGAAAGCGUGUGAAUUGAUUCUAAGUGAACAGAAGAUUGCUAUACCGGGAUCGAUUGAAGCACGUAAAAUUUGGUCAGAGACUAAGGAUCCCAGUGCUGCCAUUAAGAAAAUGCCAAGAAAAUGUAAUGCUGAGUAUUCAGUUUUAAGCAGAUUGGACAGGAGUGACAAGGGUGAAGACGGAGAGUUUAGUGAAGGUGCCUACUUCAAUGCAAUCAUGGGUAUUCCAAGAAAUUUGAGAAUCAUGUAUGGACAUUCAUACCAGUCGUACGUUUGGAACACUGUGGUUUCGAAGAGGAUGCAACUCUUUGGAUUAAAAGUGGUUGCCGGUGAUUUGGUUUUAUGCAACAAUCCUAAGAUUAUGGACGAAUAUAAACAAGAUUUGGAGACCAAGAUGAUUGACCACGAGGAAGAUGGGAACAUCAUCCAGGAUAUCAAGGAGGUGCAUGGACUGAGGGCAAGGCCAAUCACUCAAGAAGAAGUUGACGCCAAUAAGUUUGACAUCUAUGACGUUGUCUUACCAACUCCUGGGUUUGAUGUUGUUUAUCCUGAAAAUGAGCAAUUGAGAAAUGUCUACGUUGAAGUGAUGGGCAGGGAUGGACUUGAUCCGUUCAAUAUGACCAGGAAGGUGAGGGAGUUUUCUCUCUCCGGGUCGUAUCGUCACAUUGUCUCCAAGGUGAACCAUUUGGAAUAUUACUUUAGAAAAUACAACCAAGUUACCGAUCAGUUGGUACGUACUGACUUGGAGAUGCUACAACUCCGUGAGCAAAGCCCUGACAAGGCUGUCGAAAUCAAGCAGAUCUUGGACGGUGUCCCCGAUGGUGGAAAGACUGCUGUGAUUCUCAAGUUGCAGCUCGGUGUCUCCACUUACGCUACCAUGGCGUUGCGAGAGCUCCUCGAAGGAGACACCUCUCGUUUUGGUGGUGUUGUGAACCUAAAGACAGCGUGA